UUACAGAUUGCCUCUCAAGAUGUCAACAGAAAUUCAAACUGCACCAGAUUUGAGAGUAAAAUUUAGCAGAAGGGUUCAUAAAUAUGGAAGAGACCAAGAUCAAUGUAAAAUAGAGACGUUGGACGAAGGAAACCAACACUCUGAUCCGGACUUACAACAAACUGAAAAUAACAACCAGAAGAACCUUCCAACUGUGAAAAGAAACAGUUUCAGAGUUUUCAAAGUUUUCCUGGGAGUGUUUUAUCUUCUGGUUCUGGUUGGAUUCAUCAUGCGCUCUCUUUUAGUCACCUUGGAAGUCAACCAGCUGAAGACCAAACUCAACCAACUGAACAACACCUACAAUCAGCUGCUCAACAAUCUUUAUGAUAUGACUUUGGACCACGACCAGCUGCAGAGGGAACACGACCAACUGAUCAACACUUAUAAUCAGCUCAAAAAUGAACUUGAUGGAGAUUGUCAUGAUGGAUGGAGAAGAUUUGGAUCCAGUUUUUACAAAAAAUUCACUGAGAGUAAAACUUGGUCUGAGAGCAGGAGGGAGUGUGAGAAAAGAGGAGCUGAUCUGGUGAUCAUAAACAGCAAAGAGGAGCAGGAUUUUGUGGGACGACUGAACACAAAUGAAACCUCCUGGAUUGGUCUGAAAGCUGAACGGUCGAGAAGUAAACGGGAAUAUGAAUGGAAAUGGGUGGACGGAUCACCACUGAAAACAUCGUUCUGGGCUGUAGAAUGGACUCCAAAUCCGCAUGACCUACGUCAAUAUCCUGCAGUGUGUUGUACUAAUGAAGGGAAAUGGAAAUAUUCAUAUUACAAUAACAAUAAAAACUGGAUCUGUGAGAAGAAAAAAUAAGAUUCAAUUCUUUAAUUUGUUUCGUGUGUCAUUUAUAAAUGUGAUUAUUCUGAACUCCAUCAUGUGUACAGGGUAGUGAAGCUGUCAUCAGAACUACAGGAGAACUUGAUAAUUCUGAAGUAAAAUAUAAUCAUUGUAAAUAAGUAUAAAUGCAGCUUUUCUUCACUUUGUUUACUUGUGUUGUUUUAAUUUGAUGUGUGAAGAAUGAAAAGUUAUCAGUUAAAAUAAUUAUCUGUAUUCUGCUACAUUUACAUAAAAAUGUGUCGUCUUGCUUCAUUUUCCCCCCAAAAACCAUCAGAAAUUAUAUAAACAAAAUGCAAAGUGUAUUUCAGGAACAGAGGGAAAAAAAUCAAUAAACAAGGAAACUUGACAACAGCUAUUGUAUUAAAUGUUUCUGCAGGACACAAAGUCUGAAGUUACAAUUUAGAUGUUUUUAACAUGAAAGUGUUUAUUAAAGAUACUGAAAUACAAGAACAUGUGGAUGAGCAAACUCUCUUUUGUCAGUUUGACAUAAAGUUUAUAUUAUUUUAACUCGUAAUGUUCAAGGAUUUGUAAUA